AUGGACUCGCCCGAUUGGUUAGACGAAAGAGUCAACGGUCUGAUGGGACUACGAAGGUCUAUUUUCAAUAUCUGUGGCUUCUUCGUUAUCGUCAGUGUCCUCAAAAUCAAGCUCCUUGAUGAUGUAGUCAAAGAAAAACAGCCGAGACAGCCAUUCCUUGACUUUUUCCCAGAAUCUGAACACCGUCAACAAAAUUGGAAUCACAAUCAGUCGCGGAGCCAUGUCGUUGAGGAAGUUACCGAGCGAGAUCAACUGGAUGGAGUUGCCGAAGAACAAUUGGAACGACGAGUUUUUGGUGAACUUGGCGUCCAGCAACAUGAGGAAGUUGUAACUCAAUGGAAUGGUCAACCGACACGCGUAGCUGAUAAAGAAGAUCGUAGACACCGGGUCCGACGACUGGUUCGACUCCAUGUGGUAAAUGUUGAAGAUCUUCACCUGGGUAAGAGACAACAUUGCGCACAUCAACAUGAACGUGAGCACCAAGAACGAAAUGGCAAAGAUCUGGAUGUAGAUCUUGGUAACGUCGUUGGUCAUUCCUGCGAUAAUCAACUUUAUGAGAGAAAAUUUGAGUCCGUGGAACGUUUCCGACUCGACAAUUAUGGCAGAGAGAACGGCUAA